GGCUCGGCGGUCCCGGAGUGUUUUCAGUUCCGCCUCCGUUCGUCCAUUGCCCUCUCCUCCCUGCCAGACCCUCUCAUCCCAUCGCAAGAGGAAGGAACAAAAGGUCCCGGGCCCCCCAGAUCUCUCGGGGCGGGACCUGGCGCCUCGGUGCAGCACAGAUUCACAAGACUACUUCUGCAGUGUGGGUUGCUGCCUUUGGUAAGAGCAUGUCGUCCAUCUUGCCUUUCACGCCACCAGUGGUGAAGAGAUUGCUGGGAUGGAAGAAAUCGGCUGGUGGGUCUGGAGGUGCAGGUGGAGGAGAGCAGAAUGGACAGGAGGAAAAGUGGUGUGAAAAAGCAGUGAAGAGCUUGGUGAAGAAGCUGAAGAAAACAGGACGAUUAGACGAGCUUGAGAAAGCCAUCACUACUCAGAAUUGUAAUACUAAAUGUGUUACCAUACCAAGCACUUGCUCUGAAAUUUGGGGACUGAGUACACCAAAUACGAUAGAUCAGUGGGAUACAACAGGCCUUUACAGCUUCUCUGAACAAACCAGGUCUCUCGAUGGUCGCCUUCAGGUUUCACAUCGGAAGGGUUUGCCACAUGUUAUAUAUUGCCGGUUAUGGCGCUGGCCUGAUCUUCACAGUCACCAUGAACUUAAAGCAAUUGAAAACUGUGAAUAUGCUUUUAAUCUGAAAAAGGAUGAAGUGUGUGUAAAUCCUUACCACUACCAGAGAGUUGAAACACCAGUUUUACCUCCGGUGUUAGUGCCUCGGCACCCUGAGAUUCUAACAGAACUUCCACCGCUGGAUGAUUAUACCCACUCCAUUCCAGAAAACACUAACUUCCCCGCGGGAAUUGAGCCACAGAGUAAUUACAUCCCAGAAACACCACCACCCGGUUAUAUCAGUGAAGAUGGAGAAACAAGUGAUCAACAGUUGAACCAAAGUAUGGACACAGGUUCUCCAGCAGAACUGUCUCCUACUACUCUAUCCCCAGUUAACCAUAGCUUGGAUUUGCAGCCAGUUACUUACUCAGAACCUGCAUUUUGGUGUUCUAUAGCAUAUUAUGAAUUAAACCAACGGGUUGGAGAAACCUUCCAUGCAUCACAGCCCUCACUCACUGUAGAUGGCUUUACAGAUCCGUCAAAUUCAGAGAGGUUCUGCUUAGGUUUACUCUCCAAUGUUAACCGAAAUGCUACGGUAGAAAUGACAAGAAGGCAUAUAGGAAGAGGAGUACGCUUAUAUUACAUAGGUGGGGAAGUUUUUGCUGAGUGCCUAAGUGAUAGUGCAAUCUUUGUGCAGAGCCCCAAUUGUAAUCAGAGAUACGGCUGGCACCCUGCAACAGUGUGUAAAAUUCCACCAGGCUGUAACCUGAAGAUCUUCAAUAACCAGGAAUUUGCUGCUCUUCUGGCUCAGUCUGUGAACCAGGGCUUUGAAGCUGUCUAUCAGCUCACUAGAAUGUGCACCAUAAGAAUGAGUUUUGUGAAAGGGUGGGGAGCAGAAUACCGAAGGCAGACAGUAACAAGUACUCCUUGCUGGAUUGAACUUCAUCUGAAUGGACCUCUACAGUGGUUGGACAAAGUAUUAACUCAGAUGGGAUCCCCUUCAGUGCGCUGCUCAAGCAUGUCGUAAAUUCCAUCACAAGUCAAGUCCCAUCAAAGACUUAAUGUAACAACUAUUCUGUCAUAGUAUUUGUGUGUGAUCCCCAUGGAUUGUUUGCCAUCCGGAAAUUCCAGAGAGAAAACAGCACUUGAGGUCUCAUCAAUUAAAGCACCUUGUGGAAUCUGUUUCCUAUAUUUGAAUAUUAGGUGGGAAAAUUAGUGUCUAGAAAUGCCGUCCCAACCAGGGGGACGAGAAGAUUUAAAGACUUCAUGUUGUCUUAUUGGGCAUAAGACUGAAUGUCCCAAAGGUUUAUUAUUAACAGUAGUAGUUAUGUGUACAGGUAAUGUAUCAAGACCCAGUACCGCAGUAUUGUGCUGUUUAUAUACAUUUUUAGUUUGCAUAAAUGAGGUGUGUGUGUGCUGCUUCUUGAUCUAGGCAAGCCUUUAUAAAGUUAUAGUACCUAAUCUGUUAUUCCCACUUCUCCGUUAUUUUUGUGUCUUUUUUAAUAUAUAUAUAAUAUAUAUAUCAAAAUUUUCAAAAUUAUCACUUAGAAGCAGAUUUUCCAUGUAGAAAAACUAAUUUUUCUGCCUUUUACCAAAAAUAAAAAAAAAACUCUUGGGGGAAGAAAAGUGGAUUAACUUCUGAAAUCCUUCACCUUAAUGUGUUCAGUGGGGCUUAACAGUUAUUCUUUGUGUGUUUAGUCACUGCUAAAUCUCAUUAUAAGGAAUACUUAUUGAAAACUUUUUUCAGCCUCUUUUCUUCAUCCCACUUCUGUUCUGUUACCAAAACAGUGCAGCAUGAUGUCAUUGCCAGUAACAGUUGCACUGAUGGAUACUGGCCAUCAGCUAGUCCUGAGGCCAUGAAAGGUUUGCGUGCAUUACAACCAGACUUCAAUAGGUAAUGAUGACUCAGCUGACUUAUCAGUCUAUUGAUUUGCCUUCCCUCUUAUCAAAAUGCCCAAGUGGCAGUAUAAUUAUUUUCAGGGAUAUGCUAGAAUCAUUGAAGUAUAUUUAGCUUUUUAAAAAAAGCCAAUCUAAUAAUAAAGUACCCUCUUUUUAAAGUAUUUUAAAAUAUUUUAAAAGCAGACCUUCUGCUCUUCCAUUUCAGUAGCUUUGUUUCACUUAGUUACCAGAUUGUAUUACGAGGAGGACCUUUUGUAACUGUAAUUGCCUCUGCAAAAUACCUAGAGAAGUGAUGAUGAAGUAUGAACAGCAGAUAACAGCCAUCUGUUCUUAAAGUAUGUUGUACCCAGUUCAUAAGUUGAAUGUUACAUUACAUAAAUACAACUCAGAAUUUUAAGAAUUGGGAAAAGCUGUGUAGCAGGUGUUUGGCUCACAGUUGCCUGAACUUUGUACUUCUCAUCACUAAUCCUGGGUGUGUGAUUCACCGGACCUUAUGCUACGCAGCAAGGAGAUUCCAUCAGCUCUGUUGGUAGUCCGUUCUGCAGCAAAUUAUGUCCAGUGUCAACUCAGUGCAGUGUAAACCUGCCUUCUUGUUUGCAUCUCAGAAAUGGAAAGUACUCAUUCCUGAUCUCCUUUCCAUAAAUUUUCAUAUUUUUACAGAUAGGUACCUUUAGUAUUUGUUCUUUAAAACCAUAUUCACCUGUAUGUACAGGUAUCAUUUCGAUACUUUUGGCAUUCGGUUUUCUAUGGGAAAUGACCCAUUUUUCUAUAUUUGUGUGUAUAUGUAUGUUUCAUGUAAAUUUGGUACAGUGAUUUUUUAUUCAUUCAGAUAUUUAUUGUUCACGUGUUGAUGUGCCAGGAACUUGAUAAACCUUUGGGUAAAGGUGUACAAGACAGCUCCAGUUCCUGCCUUUGCUGAGGUGGCAGUUGCUGUGAAGGAGGUAACCAGGGUCCUGUCCAGAGAACGACAGGGUGAGGCUUCCAGGAGGACAUCGGGAAGGCCUCAGAGGAAGUGAUGCUUGAGCUGACACCUGACCCAGAAGGACCAAGCCAUGUGAGGGGCCAAGGGAGAUGAGCACUCCUGGCAAAGGGGACAUCAUCAAGCCCAAGGCUCAAACUAAAGAAGACUUAACCAUAAGGCGGUCCUGCGUUGUUAUACAGAAACCAAAUGUUGAAGACCAGAAUGAUUCUGCAGUUUCUGUUAUGCUGAAGGGUUGCACUGUUUGUGCUAGAGUGCUUCUGUUAUCUCACCAGUAUAUCUUCUUCCUCAAAUCUUUCUUAUAAACAUUUUUACUUGCA